GGAGGGGGGGACAGAAAGGGGGAGAGAGAGGAGAGGAGAGAUUCGUGGUGAGAGAAGAGGGGAGAGGCACAAGGAGAGAGAGAGAGAGAGAAAGAGAGAGAGAGAGGGAGUAGAAACUGUUAAAACGUGUGUUCGCUCUUGCCAGUCUCAGCAUCGCUCAGUUUGUGCAGGAGGCUGCAGCUCCAUCUCCAUCUCCAUCACUCCAGCAGGAUCUCCACUGUGCACCAGUGACCAGAUAUGAUCUACACCCACUUCACUCUGAGCUGGGAUCUCUCUAUUGGUUUUUGCAUGGAUGAUAACAGCCUAUCGCAUAUUCAUGGAUUUCUCAUACCACAACUAAUUUGACUCAAACUCCGGAUUGGUGGGAAGAAAAAAAGACAAAAAAGGAGACUCCAAGUGUUUUGUGGAAGCAGCAGUUGAGCCUACCUUGGUUGGACAUGGGACCGUGCGUCAGCAGAGAGGGAUCCGGUGCCGGAGGAAGAACAUCUUCCUGAAGGAGGAAAAGGAGUUUUUUUUAAUUUUCUUUUUUUUUUUUGCCACCCGGAGAGGGGGAGCUGUGGGUUUUUACGCGCCGGAAUGAUGCGUCCCAACCGCGGCUUCAUCCUGCUCCUCCUCAACGGAACCGCUUGUUUGGUGGCCCUGGGUCAAGAAGACGACUCCUCCAGCCCCAAGAGCUCCUCAGACGACUCCUCCAAGACGGUGGGCCUCCUGAGCGGGCAGGCUCCCCUCUCGCCCCUGAGCCGCUGGAUGCUCCACAGUAAGAGCCGAGCGGCUAACACCACCUCCCUGGAGCUGCCCUACCGCUCCCCGGUCCCCUUCUCCAAGCAGGAGUUUUCUAAACAGGAGUUCUGGGAGAUGUUGGGGAGCGACCUGCUCAAACCCGAUGCCUCCAGCUCCAGGGUCAAGCGCCGGCCCAUCGUUAAGACCGGCAAGUUCAAGAAGAUGUUCGGCUGGGGCGACUUCUAUUCCAAUAUCAAGACGGUGAGGCUUAACCUGCUCAUCACCGGCAAGAUCGUGGACCACGGGAACGGAACGUUCAGCGUCUACUUCCGCCACAACUCCACGGGCCAGGGCAACAUCUCGGUCAGCCUGGUGCCACCCGUCAAGGCGGUGGAGUUUGACCUGGAGCGCCAGAGCGUGGUCUACCCCAAGGACUCAAAGAUCUUCAACUGCCGCGUGGACUAUGAGAAGGUGGAUCGCAGCAAGCGCACCUCGCUGUGCAACUACGACCCGUCCAAGACCUGCUUCCAGGAGCAGAUCCAGAGUCACGUGUCCUGGAUUUGCUCCAAGCCUUUCAAGGUCAUCUGUAUCUACAUUUCCUUCUACAGUACGGACUACCGCCUGGUCCAGAAGGUUUGCCCGGACUACAACUACCAUAACGAGAUGCCCUACCUGCCCUCGGGCUAGAAGACUUGUAGGGGGGAGGAGAGGUGGGAGGGGAGAGGAAAAGGAGUGACUGCAACACAUGAGGAGGAAACCAGGGCUGUGAAUCGUCCUUAUGGCCACUGUGGCAGCGAGACACCUUAAAAAAAACAACCUCUCUGUAGCCUGACUAUUGUAAGAUGUAAAAACAUAUAUGCAAAACUACAGUAUGCAGAUAAUGAGGCAUUUGGAAUAACUGCAGCAUUCAUUAACUGGACUGGUAGUGAAAAUCAAACACGCACAUUCUUACCUCAAUCCAGUUUCUAAAUGCCAACUUCUCGCCAGCGAGUUCUCUCUUCCAUCAAGUCAUUUCUGUGAAUGUUGUCUGAAUGUCCUUUUAAUCGCCCUUUACUAUAUUGCUCUUUUGGAAAGUCACAAGGCAGCGUUUUCAGCGAAAGCAUUUAAAUGCUGUGAUACGCUUCACUGGAGAGCUGUAUACAAAUUCAGACUUUAUUACAAACAGCGUACAGCGUUUGACUCUAUAAAUGAUUAAAAACUUACCAGAGGGAACACAAAGAGCAGAUGAAUGUAAUGUGUAACCAACCACAGGAUCAUUUAGGUUACACUCAAAGUCUUUUUAAAGGGCAUCUUUUUUACGUGAACUUUAAGUCCAUCCUCCUCUUACCCAUCUUCACUGUCCUCACAUGUAUGCAUCAUACUUGCCAACCCUCCCGUUUUUACCAGGAGACUCACGUUUUUCCUCCCGGGGUCACAAUUCUCCCGUAUUUCUCCCGAUUUACGACAAAUUUACACACUUUUUUUUCCCCUUUUCCUUAUUGCAACCUGUUUCUGGCGCUGUACAGCGUGACGACAAUAGAGCUACACCAAAUGUCGUUUCACGGCAGAAUAGAGCUACUCACAACACAACGUGGUUUGAGCUGCGCUUGCCGCACAUCCCAGUGUGCAGCGCUCACAGUUUUGCUCAACGCAGCGAAAAGCUGUCGUGGCGUGGCGCAAGCCAUGAAAUGACGAGUUUCAGAGCGCAGUGGUGCCGUUGUCGCGUUGUGUCUGAAAGGGCCUUCAGUGAGUAAGAGAUGGAGAGUACUACGACAAAGAAAUACUCAAGCAGGGGCAAAAGAAUUAAUGAAUAAAUAAAAACAGAUGAAUAUUUGUUUAUGCCAGAGAUUCACACAAGUUCACACCAGAGGGGCAAAUUAU